UUCAAACCUCACGGGAAAAAUAAGACCCCUAAUAGUACUAUCCUAAUAUGGCGGGAACACGUACUCACCAUCUCUCUCAAAUAUGAGCAAAAAUAAUUAAAAAACAAUAAAAAAUAAUCUCAUCUCACAAACCCUAGCUCAGCAAUGGUGUACCCGCCGGAAGAUCUGAACCGCGCCGCCGUCCACGCCGCGCCGGCGCGCCGCAAAGGCAUCGGGACUCGCCUCUGGCUCGUCGUCUCCGAGUCCGGCAAGUCCCACGUCGAGGAGGUCGGGAAACACUCGAUCAUGCGCCGGACGGGACUGCCGGCGCGUGAUUUGAGGGUGCUUGAUCCGAUGCUGUCGUAUCCAUCGACGAUUUUGGGACGAGAGCGCGCGAUUGUGGUGAAUUUGGAGCAUAUUAAAGCGAUUAUCACUGCUGCGGAGAUUCUAAUGAUUAAUUCUACUAAUCCGUUGGUUGUACAGUUUGUUAUUGAUUUGCAGGACCGUGUUUCGACGCCGAGUGAUCGGUCAAAUUCCCCUCUGGAGCGACUUGAAGGUGAUUUGCAGGAUAAAAAUCAUGCUGCUCUUGCUUCAAAUUUCAAUAGGGAUGAUCCUAAUGCAACAGUUCUGUCACCAGCAGGUGGUGGUCCAAAGAUAUUACCUUUUGAGUUCAAAGCACUUGAGGUUUGUCUUGAGUCUGCUUGCAGGUGUCUUGAGUCAGAGACUCAAACACUGGAGGAUGAAGCAUAUCCAGCACUUGAUGAAUUGACUUCGCAAAUAAGCACGCUUAAUCUUGAGCGCGUGAGACAAAUAAAGAGUCGACUAGUUGCUAUAAGUGGUCGUGUGCAGAAGGUGAGGGAUGAACUUGAGCACCUUUUAGAUGAUGACAACGAUAUGGCUGAAAUGUACUUGACUGAAAAGCUUGUUGAAAGCUCAAGGGAACAGGCGUCAUUGAGAGAGGAAUCAGGCAUCGAAGAAGUUCAAGUAGAUGAUCAAAGAUAUGAAGAAUCCGAAGCUGACCACUCGGAAAACAACUCUGAGAUUUCUACUGCUUUUAAACCAAAUAUUGAGGAACUUGAGAGUCUUCUAGAAGCUUAUUUUGCACAGAUAGAUGGUAUCUCCCAAAAGCUAGCCAAUAUGAAUGAAUAUGUAGACGACACAGAGGACUUUAUCAACAUAAUGCUGGAUGACAAGCAGAAUCAGCUUUUACAAAUGGGAGUAAUGCUAAGUACGGGAAACAUGAUACUGAAUGCCGGAAUUGUGGUUGUGGGUUUGUUUGGCAUGAACAUUCACAUCGAGCUCUACGACGGCCAACCCAAACAAUUCUGGGAAACGGUGUCUGGUACAGUAGGAGGUUGCUUGGCUUUAUACCUUAUUGCUGUUGGAUGGGGUAAGAAGAGGAACUUAAUAUAGAAUUUCACGAGUGGCGCUUGUGUGUUCUGUGGAUCCACUAUUUGUAAACUAUAUUUAUGCAGUUAUGUUACUGCCAUGCCUAGAUUAUUAUACUUUUCCAUUGUAGCCAAUUAAAAAUGGUCUUAAUAUAUAGUAUUACUACUACUAGUUUACUAAAAAAAACCUUACUACCA